GCGCAGAAACUCGACGAUGAAUCGAAUUUUUUACGGAUGAAAGCGUUUCUUGCUACGAAUCCUGGUAUAUCACCGGUUCAGACAACUUCGGACCGUACCACGCGCUGGAGCUUUCGUCAGGUUUAAUUCUUUGUAAACGAUCGGUCAUAAAAAUCAAGAAUGUUCAGUCAGUACAGCUCGGGACCAAACGGUCCGAUAGAAUACAAAAUUCUGACCAAGGAUAGAAUCGAAGCUGCUUUGAGUACUCAACAAGAAUCAAUGAAACAGGAAAACGUUGCUCGCGGGGUUGGAAUUUACGAGGAGGAGGGUGCAGCUGAAGCAUUGAGCAUUCUCUUUAGGGAAGUUGUUAAAGACGAUUGUUCUGUAAUCGCCGUUGAUGUUAGUAGUGACGAAGUUGUUGGUGCUUCCUUUAACAAGCUCCAUUUUCCUAAGGCCAACGACGAGAUUGAUCCUCUUUUGAAAGUUGUGAAGAAUCACUUGAAACCUCGUUCGAGUCUGGCUCUCGUUAAUUUUCUAGAUGACGUCGAGUCAAGAGUCGAUAUGUUCGAGAGAUACGGUACGAAUGCUGCAAUGGAAAUUUUUUACGUCGGAAUUGCACCGGGUUAUCAAGGAUAUAAAAUCGGUCACGGAUUGGUUGAACGUUCGAUCAAGUUGGCUGAAAAUUUCGUAAAAUACGACCAACAACGCAACACGCGUACAGCUGAGCCUGGUUUUGUUUUCGGAGUGUUCACAUCAAAUUUCAGUCAAAGUAUAGCCUCGAAACUUAACUUCGAGUGGUUAACAGUCGCCGAAUACGAGGAUUACGAAUACAACGGUAUUAAAAUGUCCGAGAGAAUUGGCGAGGAGCAUAAAAACGCCAAACUCGGAGCUCUCAAACUGUGAUAAAAAUCAAAUCAAAUUUAUGCUCACUUCGAUUGCUCCAGUUGUAAUAAUGGCUCGUAUGAUAAGUUUAAAAACGGAAUAUAUUUAUUUGUAAAUGAUGAUCACUCGUGGUUCAUUCAUUUGAUCUUAGGUCGUUGAUGAUGCAUUUGGAAUUAAUCAUUUCAAGAAUAAUUAACAUGAAAUUUACGUGAGAAUAGAAUGAAAAGCGGAAUAAGUAUUAAAAAUUUCGUAAAUUUUACGUUUUGGGUGUAUUCCAAACAAAAAUAAAUGAUAUCUGUGAUUGUU